AUGUCCACCCCUCCCCCCCUCAAAACCCCCCGCCGCUUCCUCUUCAUCGCCUCAAUCGGCAAUCCACGCCCAUACCGCACGACGCGACACAGCGCCGGCCACAUCCUCCUCGAAGCCCUGACGCCACUUCUCCCACGCCGAGUCCCUCUCGUGGGCACCUCUCCCAACAAUGGCAACAUAAUCAACCCAUUAUUCUACAAAACCUACACGAGCCCAUCAUACAUGAACGAAUCGGGUCCCAAACUCCUCCGCAACUUCCAAUCGUGGCUCUCAUCCACCCAGACGGAAAUAUACCAGAAGAUCGUGCAGCCGGGGAAUGUACUCUCCACAGACCCUACAUCAGACGCUACAGCUGCAGAAUGGCAUCUCCGGGGCGCUGACCCGACAACCCUCCGAAACUUCUCCCCGACACUAGUCAUCCUCCAUGAUGAACUGGAAGCGCCGUUGGGAAAAGUCCGGGUGAAGAGAGGCGGGCCUGAGAAGGCGAGUUUGAGGGGACAUCGGGGAUUGAUUAGUUCGUUUGAGAGUUUGAGGGGCAAGGGGAUGUAUCCUCCCAAUCCGAAGAAGAAUGUACUUGGGGCCGGGGUGGAUUUGUCGGUCUUGAGGAUUGGGGUGGGGAUUGGGAGGCCCGAGACGAGGGAUCGAGGGGGUGUUGCGAAGUAUGUCCUGUCGGAGAUGAGUGAACAGGAGUUGAAGGCUGUGAGGGCUGCCGCGGGGCCGGUUUUGGAGGUGUUGGUGGAUGAGUUGUAUAGGGAUGGUGCGGAGUGA